ACCCCGCAAACUGAGUUCAACCAAUCAGUGCUGAGAUGCAGGUGGAGCUUGGGUAUUAUCGUCUGGAUCAGGAAGUAUAAAGAGUCAGCUAACUUUCUUGAGAAUUCGUUUUGGAAGCUCAAGGAGCAGGUUUAAGUCACUUUUUUUGCCACUGAACAGAAAUAAUCAGAAAUGGUUUUUGGCUGCAGGGCGGCCUCUGAAGACACUGAGAACGCCAAAGGCCUUUUACAUAAACCUUGGAAAUCAAGACUCCAUAACUUCAUCCACACUCCUUUACCUCACACAAGGAAGAAAGUGCACAUACAAUCGAGUGAUGGUUUAAAACAGCUGGGACAAUCCUUAGAGAAUCUACUCACUCAUAAAUAUGGCAAAGCAGCAUUUCGUGACUUCCUGCAGUCUCAGUUCUGCGAGGAGAAUUUAGAGUUUUGGCAAGCCUGUGAAGAAUUCAAGUCCAUCAGCAAUCCAAUGGAGCUUGCCUGUAAAGCAACAAGCAUUUACAAAGAAUUCAUCCAAACUGACUCCCCAAAGGAGGUUAAUGUUGACUUCCAUACAAGAGACACCAUUGCUCAGAAUCUCCAGCGGCCAACGCCAUCUUGUUUUGACGGUGCCCAGAAGAAGGUUUAUAGCCUUAUGGAGAAUGACGCUUACCCUCGAUUCAUUCAGUCAGACUAUUUUAAGGAACUGUAUGUGGGUAGCCGGGGCUUGGGGAAACACAGAAGAGCUUGAGUCGGCCGGACCCCAAAAAGUGACUGUUGCAACUUGAUUUUGAAUGCGACUAAAUUAUCUAGUUUGCUUCUGAAGCGCACAUAUAAAAUUUUCUCUCACAGAUUGGUUUGCCUGCUAAAGAGAUUUAAAAAUGGCUUCACAAGAUUUUGAGUUAUUUUUUAUACAUGGUGGUGUACAGUAUAUUUGUAAAAGUGAUAAUAUUUAUUUUUAUAUUCCUUCACUGUUAAGCUGCGUUUUUAAUUGAGUUCAUUGCUGCAACGAUCCAUCGACAUUUUGUGUUUGGAUUGAGGGAUGUGCAAACCCUCCUGCAGCCAAUGUUUACACCCACCGCACAUUUUCUAAUCCAGGACACAAAGUGUACAGGUGCACACUGCGGUAGAAGAGUACAGAAUGAUGGUUGGCCUUGGUCCUUCUCAUCUGAGUACUUUCAAUCAUCUCAUGCAAUGUCACGCCUGGAAGCUAAGACGCACAGACCAUAAGCCUGCUACCUCAGCCGAGAUUCAGAGACUUACCAGUCCUCAAAACUGACCCAAGAUAAGCCCUAGGGUGCGAUGUUGUCAUUUGAUGUCAAGAUGUUGGGGAGAAGUAAGUGUCUUAUUCAGUAAACAAAAGCGGUGAUCUGGAAUCUGGAUUGAAAUGCAUGCACUCCUCCCAGUAUUUGCAAAUGUAAUUAGGUCACAUAUAGCUUAUACUGGAAUGCCAAGGGAUAUAAUUACAAAAUAUCACAAUUCAGACUGCAGCAGGACUGUACUUUUUUAUUUUUCAUAUAUAGGCUACUGCAAUGCUAAUGAACUGUAAUAAAAUACAUUGGUCCUCAAAAUGAUGAUUAUCAAGGCAGUGCCGUGAUGAUAUUGUGCUUGUAGCAGUAACAAAUGCAAAAACAUACUUGCUGGAUAUCAAGGAUAUGUUAUUGUCGAAGAGAUGUAAUUGUUAAGGAGAUGUUUUGGGCUUGACAACAAAUGUAGAGAACGUUUUUUUCAAGGCUUGUAAAGAUAAUGUAAAGAUAAUA